GUGUUAGCUUGGGCGGUGCGGAGGCUGUUUCGUCCAGCUGACGGGGGGCGGUAUCCACGUGCGUGCGUGCGUGCGUGCGUGCGAGCGAGGGACCGCAGGAAGGAACGAUGAGGGUGAAGAUCUGCAGCAUGGCCCAACAGGCGGCCCUCGUGUGCGGCGUAAUGACGGCCUUCGCGCUGGUCUUCCACAACCUGGCGCAGGACACGGCUGGUACCAGGGCGGCCAGCCCUCGCCUCUCGGCUGUCCAGGGCUGGCCCGAGAGAGCCCCCCGUUCCCUCGGCAGGGACUACGAGCUGCCAGGGGGCGAGAACGCCCUGCAGGAGGCCCAGGGCGAGGGCCAGACGGGGGCGAGGGCAGAGGACCCCCUCGCGGCCGACGCAGGCGACGACGAGGAGGAGCGAAGGAAGGGCCUCCUGAACGCCCUCGUCGCCACCGCCACGGCCAAGCCCACCACCUCGCUCGACGACAUCUUCAUCAGCGUCAAAACCACCAAGAAAUUCCACAAGGAGAGGCUCGAGAUCAUCCUCAGGACGUGGUUCAAGCUCGCGCCCCACCAGACUUGGUUUUUCACAGACGACGACGAUGCUGAAUACCAGAGGAAAACAGGCGGCCACCUGAUCAACACCAACUGCUCAGCGUCGCACCGGAGGACUGCGCUCUGUUGCAAGAUGGCCAGGGAGUUCGAUGCCUUCCUGGAGAGCAACAAGAGAUGGUGGUGCCACUUCGACGACGACAACUACGUCAACGUGCCCCAGCUGGUGAGGACCCUCGGGGACUACGACCCGACGCAGGACUGGUACCUCGGCAAGAACUCCAUCCGGGCGCCGCUGGAAAUCAUCAAUAGGGAUAAUGUUUCUGGUGUUGGAGUGUAG